AUGCAACGAAUAAUCUCAUCAGAAUUCUUCAAUUUUGAGUAUCUCCGCGUCCUUGGUACCGCUCCUUUCCAAGGAUCCGAGGUUGGCGAGUGCCUGGAAGCAGCAUACAAGAUCCGAAGCAAUGAUCCCGAAAGCUGGUUUCGAGCGUGGUCCGAGGCGGCAGCAACAAGUGAAGAGAUAGCGGAAACGUCACUUCGAACUGGAGAUCGCGAAGCCGCCCGGUGGGCGUUCCUCCGCUCAUCCAACUACCGGAGAGCCAGCGAGUUCCUCCUUCAUCAUAACCCAAACGACUCCAGGCUGGUCACUGCAAUCUCUCAAUCUAUUAGCAACUUUAGGAAAGCAUGCCAGCUUUUUGAUAGUCCGGUAUACUUCCUCGAGAUUCCCUACGAGAAUGGCGCCAAGCUACCGGCCUAUCUCUUCAUGCCUACCGAGACGUCUACCCUACCAGGAAAAAUUCCCAUUGUCAUCAGCACUGGAGGAUUCGACUCUAUUCAGGAAGAGCUUUAUUAUUUUACGGCAUCAGGCGCAAGGACCAGAGGAUAUGCAACACUAUCGUUUGAGGGGCCUGGUCAAGGCAUUGUGGUUCGCCGAGACAAGCUUCACCUGCGACCUGACUGGGAAGCCGUUGUCGGCAAGGUCCUGGAUCAGCUAGAGGUCGUCAUUCACCAACAUCCAGAGCGAAAUCUGGAUAUGUCGCGUAUCGCUAUUGCGGGAGCAUCGAUGGGGGGAUAUUUCGCGCUUCGCGGAGCUCUGGACCCGCGAAUCUCAGCCUGCAUCUCAAUUGACGGAUUCUAUGACUUGUCUGUCCUGACAAGAGCGCGUGUUUCCAGCCCUCUGAUGACUGCUAUAGAGCAGCAAUACAUUGCAGAUGGAAUCUUCAAUGCGCUUCUCAGCAUCGUAUUAGCACUUGAUUUCCAGAAGAAGUGGGAAAUGGGACACGCCAUUCUAGCGACUGGUAUCACAUCGCCAGCAGCGGCAAUGCGCACAUGGCAAAACUACAGCAUGGCUUUGCCAAAUGGCAGGACACGGUUGAGCGAGCUCAAAUGUCCCGUGUUAGUCACGGGCACCCGCGAUACCAUGUAUGUCCCUUGGGAAGCGGGACCACAGCGCAUCUACGACGAACUGAUGCGAGCUCAUGGAUCUGAGAAGAAGCACGAGCUUUGGAUCCCGACCGGACCUGGCCAAGGUUCGUUGCAGGCAAAGGUGGCGGCGCUGGCAGCUUUGCAUACAAAGUCAUUUGGCUGGCUUGAUGAUGUAUUUGGCAUUAGAAGAGAGGCCAUUUCGCUGAACGAGUAG